UUUUUCAUGAAAUCAUGAUGGAACAGACCUCAUCUGGCUAUGAAACAACUUACCUAAUUGUCCCAUUACCUGUGAGCAAAUGAGAGACAAGACUGCAGCCAUGUUUGCUGCUAGUAAUCUGCAACCUGAAGAUCAGUUUCUGUGCUCCAUCUGCCUGGAUGUGUUCACUGAUCCAGUCACCACACCAUGUGGACAUAACUUCUGCAAAAACUGCAUCACCCGGAACUGGGACAUUAAUGUUAGGUGCAAGUGUCCCCUAUGUAACAAACUGUUCAAGAGACGACCUCAACUGGAAAUAAACACUUUGUUCUCUGAGGUAGUUGCUCAGUUCAGAGAUGAAGCUCAACAGAAUGCAAGCAGCAGCUCAGAGCAACAAGCUGCCAAACCAGGAGAAGUUCCCUGUGACUACUGCACUGGAACCAGACUGAGGGCCCUGAAGUCCUGCCUGGUGUGUCUGACCUCCUACUGUGAGACUCACCUAGAACCUCAUCUGACAGUCAAAGGUCUGAAAAGACAUCAGCUGAUUGAGCCUGUGGAGAACCUGGAAGGCAGGAUGUGUAUGAAGCACGAUAAACAUCUGGAGCUGUUCUGUAAGACCGAUCAGACAAGUGUCUGCACGCUCUGCUCUGUUUUAGACCACAAGACUCAUGAGUUUGUACCUCUGAGAGAAGAAUCUGAAGAAAAGAAGACAGAGCUGAGGAAAAUGGAUGAUGAAAUUCAGCAAAUGAUCGAGAAGAGACGACAGAAGAUUCAGGAGAUCAAUGAGUCAGUGAAGAUGAGUAAAGAUGCUGCAGACAAACAGAAAACAGAAGGUGUUCAGAUCUUCACUGUUCUGAAGGAGUUUAUUGAGAAAGACCUGAAGAAGGUCAUAAAGGAGAUAGAAGACAAACAGGAAACAACAGAGAAACAGGCUGAAGGUCUCAUCAAAGAGCUGGAACAGGAAAUCUCCGAGUUGAAGAAGAGGAGCUCUGAGCUGAAGCAGGCCUCACGCUCUGAAGACCACCUCCACUUUGUUCAAAACUUUUCAUCUCUGAAAGCUGUUCCACCUACCAAGGACUGGACAGAGGUCAUUGUCCUUCCACCAACGUAUGAGGGGACUGUGAUGAGAGCUGUGGCUCAGCUGCAGGAGACACUCAAAAAACAUUUUAAGAAGCUGCUUGCUAAGGCUGAGCUGAGGAGGCUCCAGCAGUAUGCUGUGGAUGUGAGUCUUGAUCCUGAUACAGCACAUCCUGAGCUCAUCUUGUCUGAUGAUGGGAAACAAGUGAAUUUUGGUAAUGUGAAUCAGAGUCUAUCAGACAAUCCAAAGAGAUUCACAGUUUUUGCAAAUGUUUUAGGAAAGCAGGGUUUCUCUUCAGGCAGAUUUUACUUUGAGGUUCAGGUUAAAGGAAAGACUGACUGGAUUUUAGGAGUCGCCAGAGAGUCAGUGAACAGGAAGGGAGGAAACUCAGUAAAGCCUCAGGAUGGUUUCUGGGCUCUAUGGCUGAGGAACAACAACGAGUACACAGCAUGUACUGGCCCAGCAGCCGUUCUCUCUUUUCAGUCUGCUCCUGAUAAAGUGGGAGUGUUUGUGGAUUAUGAGGAGCGUCUGGUCUCCUUUUAUGAUGUGUAUGCAGCAGCCUUUAUCUACUCCUUUACUGGCUGCUCCUUCACUGAGAAACUUUACCCAUGUUUCAAUCCCUGUAAUAAUGAUAAUGGUAAAAACUCUGCACCUCUUGUGAUCACUCCUAUCAAUCGCAUUAACUAGACAAGAAAGGUUAUUACAUUUUAUUUGAAAGUGGUCUGUGAAAAGAUUGUAAUACUGUUUAAUUCUUCUCUUUGACAACAUGUUUCUCAAUACUGAAUUUUCAUAAUUUCACACUCCCCCACAAUUACAUUCUUCUCCCUUUAAGAGGGAAAACAGGACGUCUAGUCUAGUGUCGUUUAAACCAAAGGAGCAAAAACAUUUAGGAAAUGUCCUUGUAGCCAAUCAGCCAAUCUGUAAUUAUGUCUCCAAUAAUGAUGUGUUUCAAUGCUGUCUCCACCAUAGGACAUGUUUUCUCAAUCAUCAUGUGCCUGUCUGUAUAUUUUUUAUAUAUAUGUUUUGUACACAGGUCUCUCUUGAAAAAGAGGGCUUGAU